UUGGACCGAGGCGGGUCCUGUUGCUGCGGGCUUUGACAUGGAUUCCCCCUGAUGGCGGCCGCCCCGGGAGGCCCCAGAUAACACCGGCCUGGUCCCUGUGCGGAGCCACCCUCUGCCUGGCCAUGCCAGGCCCAGCCGCCCCUGCAGGAGGCCGGAGAUGGAACCCACUUCUCAGCCCUUUGCUGCUUCUCUGCCAACCAGAUGGACCACUGAAUUGUAUAAGGUAUAAAUUAACCUUCUAAAAGGAAUUAAACAAUGGAACCAGACAUAAUUCGGAUGUACUCUUCUUCCCCUCCUCCACUAGACAAUGGUGCUGAUGAGGAUGACGAUGAUGAAUUUGGGGAAUUUGGUGGAUUCUCUGGUGUUGGCACUUCUGGCGUAGGUUUUGCUGAUUUUGAUGCACCAGACUACAGUAAUUCAAAGGAGGAAUUUAUACCAACAAACCAUUUUAUGCCAAUUCAUGAUUACUCUGACAAUGGAGAUAGCCUUGCAACCUUUAACUCUGUUAAAAAUGGUAAAGAUAAAGACUGCAUUGCAGAACUUCCUAAACCCGCUAAAGAACUCUCUGAUAUAUCAACUAAAACCAGCAAAGAAAAAUGUAAAUCUAGAACUUCAGGUACUUCCUUUGAUGUUAAUCUGGAAGAUGUAAAGAGAAUAGGGGAACAAAAAGAGAACAUUGGAAAAGCAGAGGGUUUCUCCUCUGAAGGCCUUAGAACUGAUAUGAAAGUUACAGGCCAGGACCAGCAAAUAGACACUUGUAAUGGUGAGAAACUCCCAUGUCUAGAGAUUCUAACAAAUGGUUUUGCAGCAUUGGAUUCUGUAAAUCCUCAGGGAAUAGAAGAUCUGGACAGUGUCAGUGACUCAAAGGGACUAAAAACUACUAGCACUCAUAGCACCGAGUUAAGUUUAGACUCUGUGCCUAGCCCAGCUGAGGAUUUUGCAGAUUUUGCUGCAUUCUCAAACAAUGAAACAAUCCAUUUAGAAGAACCAGAACAUAAAAUAUGCAAAGUUUUUAAUGAAAGAGAAGCACUGAAUGUACAGGAAAACCAUAUAAUAAAUAGAGUGGCUGAACAAAGUAUUAUGAAGGAAGAGUCUUCAGAUAGAAGCUAUGAAUAUGAAGGAGAGACUUGCACUGAAGAUGAGCAGGCUUGCAUUUCAGAAACCAGUUUAGUAGAUAAUGAAGUCGGUAGUAAUUGUGAGCAAGACUCUACAGCACUGGACCAUAAUGACUUCAUCAUUUGUAGCACACCUCAAACAACUGGGAUUUCAAUAGGCACUACUGAAAAUGCAGAAAACACUGGAAGGCGAAAAUAUUGUGACAGUGGGAACAGCAAAGAACUUGAUUUUUCUAGGGCUGAUGAUUUUUCAGAAAGUAUCAACUUUACUAAAAUUCAAAACCCCACCAGUGAUCCUGCAGAAGAAACUGAUUUGGGUGAUUUUGAAGAUGUAAAGAAUGGUGAAAGUAGCACUGAAUUUCUGUCUUGUAGUGAUACAAAUGAAGAUGAAUUUGGUGAUUUUGGCACAGUCAGUGGUGCAUCUCCUGCUUUUAUUAGCGAUACUCAAGAGUCAGUGAAUGAUUCAAGUUUAGAAGAAUCUUCUGAACAAUCUGCACACUUCAGUGAGCCAAGUGGUAAAUUUGGUGAGUUUAGGGAUAUAAAUAUUGUGUUAACUGUUGACAAACAAAAAUUAGAUCAGUCUGAACUAAAUCAGACAUUAGACUAUAGAGCUACCAAUACGCUUUCUGACUUGGAAGUCCCACCUCUUGCUGAGUUGGAAAAUGGAGAGAAUAGUGAAUUUGGAGAGUUUGAUUCAGUGCCAAAACCUCAAGAUGAGUGCAGUGCUUUUCAGGACUCUGACGACUUUGCAGACUUUAGUUCGGCUGGUUGUAACCAAGCUGCCGAGUGGAAUGCUUUUGAAGAUGAACAGAAAGAAAGCUGUUGUUGGGCUGCUUUUGGAGAUGAACAAGCUGCUGAAUCUCAUUAUAGAAAAGAGCCAUGGCAGUCACAUAGGACAGAUCCAUCUCUUAGUAUUGACAGCCCGGUGACCCAUCAGACUGAGGGUGUUGCUUUGGCAUCUUUCCAGGGAGCUGCCAGUAGGCGAGAAUCAGCACCUUCAAUUCAGACAACGUUGCUAAGCCGUCUGGAGCGAAUAUUUGAAGUUUGCUUUCCUUCCAUACCUGUUCUUGAAAUAGAAGAAGAGAUAAUUUCCUUGAGCCUUUUUCUGGAAGCCAGCAACAAACAGAUGAGAACAGGGGAGACUUUGGCUAACAGUGGGGAACUUAUGGAAGUAUGGACAGAGCUGCAGGAUAUCCAUGAUUCGUAUGGAUUGAGAUAUCAGUGGGGUGGCUCCCACAGCAACAAAAAGCUUUUAUGCUCCUUGGGAAUCGACACAAGAAAUAUUCUCUUUACAGGCAACAAGAAGCAGCCUGUUAUUGUACCCAUGUAUGCAGCAGGACUGGGUAUGUUAGAGCCUACCAAGGAACCUCUGAAACCAAUAUCUGCUGCAGAAAAAAUAGCUUCCAUAGGACAGACUACCCCUGUAUCACCAGAGAUGAGCACGUGUACAUCUGAUCAGUUCCAGGAAUCUCUACCACCUGUCCAGUUUGACUGGAGUAGCAGUGGCCUUACUAACCCUUUAGAUGCUAGUGGAGGUUCCACUCUUCUGAACCUUGAUUUCUUUGGGCCCGUGGAUGACAGUAGCUCUAGCAGCACGACCACAAUGCCAGGUGUGGAUCCAGAGUUGUAUGAGUUGACAACUUCAAAACUGGAAACCUCCAAUGCAAGCAGCAAAGUGACCGAUGCAUUCGCAAGGCUCAUGUCCACAGUAGAGAAGGCAAGCACAUCUACAAGGAAGCCUAAAAAGGAAGAACAUCUUAGUGAAGAGGCUGCCAAGGUGAUUUCUAGCCUUCCUGACUUAACUUUCAUGCAUGCCAAGGUGUUGAUGUUCCCAGCCACAUUAACACCUUCAACACGCUGCCAAGAAAAGGUAGACUAAGUGAUGUGAAUUGGACACUUUCUAUUGAUUUUAUUUUUUCCCCUCUGGGUCAUAAAAAGCAAUCUUGCUUUAAUUAAAAACUUCAAGUUCAGAUGAUUUGUUGGUAAGCAGCACUAGAAAGGUAUACAUAGUAAUGUAUAUUUAUUUACAUACCGGAA